AAUAGACGAAAUAAAUCCACUCAAAGAUUCUUAACUUAUCUUGUCGGUUGCUGAAAAAACGACAAUAAUAGAAGACUUGAGGGAUUGACCAUUGUGAAUGGCUCUCACACUUCACACACUGUUUAAGAGCAAGCCAGGAUUUGCUCUUGCUUAUUACUUGCAUCUGCUCUGCCUCUGCGCACUCUUAAAAUCCCAUAACAAAGCUAACUUCUGCCACUUUAUGCAUUGCUCCACCUUGUGAAAUGCGUGCGACUUGAGUUGAGAGUGAUCCGCUUGUAAAAUCAGUGCUAAUUGAGUUUGUUCAAUUUACGCUUUUUUUUAACUACACAUUUUUCUCUCUAAGGGAUCAAGAUUCAGAUUUUCCUACCUAAGUUGGCUGGGCCUACAAAUAGUUUAACGGCUGAUUCUUUAUUUUGGACAUCGUUUCCUUGAUAAGCUUUAGUUAUGAAUUCUCGUUCACCUCAGCGAGGGAAUGGUACAAGGAUAAAUGAUACCGAAUCGCAGGCUCCCGAGGUUUGGAAUAUGGUAAUUAUAUUGGUGCGCAUGAUCGCAUUAUCACUGGAACCCUUGUUCUUUUAUGGUCUCAUGAUCAAUGAAUACAAGAAAUGCGUUGAGAUAGACAGAAGGUUGUGGAUCACAGCUAUAGUUUCGCGAUCUUUCCUUGAUAUCACUUACAUAGUGCUGCGACUUUUUACUGGGUUUUUAGGCAUGCAAUUUCGGAAACGUGGAAGAAAUGAGUCAAAUGAAGAAGGGGAAGAUAUGUGGCAAACGGCUGUCAGAAAAUAUUUCUUGCAUCUACACUUUCUAUUUGACAUCUCAGGUUUUCUUCCCAUCCCACAGGUGGUAAUUUCAUGCAUACUCUUAGACAUGAGAGUCAUGAAAUCUUUAAAAGCAUUACGGAUCUUAAACUUUUUUAUUUUCAUCCAAUAUUGGCCAAGAGUUUUUCAAAUUUACCUGUCAAGGAAGGAUCUGGGAUCAAAUGAAGAGAUACUUGGUAAAAAGCUAUGGGUCCGAGGUCCAGUGAAUUUCUUUCUAUACAUCAUUGCCGGUCAUGUAUUAGGAGCCUUUUGGUAUUGUUUCUCUAUUCAACGAACCGUGGCUUGCUGGUACAUGGCGUGUGAAAAUCGUGGUGGAUGUGUCCCAAAUUCUUUUUACUGCGACCACAACUCUGGCUAUCACUCCUUUUUAGAUGAUAUUUGCCCUAAAAAUAUGCCAAAUACAGAGCUCUUUGAUUUUGGAGUAUAUCUCGACGCUCAUCAGUCUGGUAUCUUAGAGUCCAAAAAUAUUCCACAAAAAAUAUUCUACUGUUUCUGUUGGGGCAUGCGAAAUCUGAGUUCUUUUGGGUCAAACCUCCGAACAAGUAACGAUGUAGGGGAAAACAGCUUUGCACUUUGCAUUACUAUCUUUGGCUUGUUGCUAUUUCUAUAUUUCCUGGGAAAUUUACAGAUGCACAUGCAGCGAAAAACAUCAAAUUUGAUUAAAGACCAUGAAGAAGUGAAGAAGGCUCGCAGGGAGAAGAAAGAUGAUAAAUCAAGUAAACGAAGGAAGAGACAAAAAGAACAAAUUAGUCUAUGGAUGUCUAGAAACGAACUCCCUCAUAGUAUGAGAAGAGAAAUUAAUGAGUUCAUAAAAGAUAUAUUUGACAAAGACGAAGAUGUUUAUUUGGAGAACGUGAUCCCUGAUCUUCCUACAGACCUUCAGAACAAUGUUAAGCGCUAUAUCUGCUUUGAUCUACUAAAGAAGCUCAAUAUCAUAAAAGAGAACGGCUUGACUAAGCAACGACAACUGUUGCAUAAAAUUUGCGACUCUCUGAAGCCAGUGUUUUACAAGGAGCACUGCUACAUUGUUCGGGAGGGAGACCCAAUUGAUGCGGUAUACUUAAUUACGCACGGCACUGCAUGGACUUGUACAAGCAGUAAAAUUGAAGGAACAGGAACUAUUGCAUCCCUACAUGCUGAGCGUCUUGAGAAAGGUCAGUUCUUUGGUGAAAAGCUUCUUGAAUGGGUUUGGUUACCUUCCUCCGUCGACAUGUACAGCCUAUCCAAAGUCCCCGUUUCCUCAAAAACCCUCAAAACCCAUACAAAUGUGGAAGCCUUUGCUCUAAUGGCCAAGGACCUGAAGGAUAUAAUUGAUUCUAAGCUUUCACGAUUAGACCCAGAGAAAGCACAAAACAAGGCAGCUUCCAAUUCACAACGAAUCUGGCGCCACUUUCACCCACCCAAAGAGGGAUGAUAGAAUUGGUAGUUCAGGAAAACUUCAGAAUCCAGCAGUGCCUGACUUCUUGUUGGAAAGCAAUAGUUAGUUUUGAUGCCUUUGUAUUAAGUUAGUUUUUCAAGUCAUGAUAGAGUGCUACUUGUUUCGAUUCUGAAUGAUAGUGGUAAAAUUAGAAAAACUAAUGUGUGGAAUAAUAAACUGUGGUGCAAUGCAACAUAUUAAAUUCAAUUAGGAUUCUGUGUAAAACCAUAUGUUACACAUUUUAAAUAUAUUAACUUAUAACC